ACGGGGUUACUUAUGGUCAGCCUCCGCUCCGCACUAUUUCUCUACUCGGUGCUACUUGUCGCUGUUCAUUUUUGUGGAGACAAAAUGUCAGCAUAGACUAUGCUUUCCAGCGUCCAGGAGCCAUGCCCGUUGCUGGCGUGCUCCAUUGGGGCAAGCCGAUCGCCGACCACCCUGUUGCACAAAGAAACCCCAGAUGCGCCGUGAAAAAGCCGCAUUUUGCAUUGAAGGCCUGGAAUGCAGCGGGAACCUAUUCAAGGCCAUGAGAUCCAUGGUUGCCAUUUCACUCUGCGUACCGGCGCUCGCGACUUGCGCUUCUGUCACCAGAUACUCGCAAUGGAUGGCGUCGAGCAUCGUCUCGCGUCAGCAGGGGAUCGUGACCGGCAGCGGAGGCUCUUCCGAACUUCUGCAGGCAGGAAUCGUUCAGAAAGCUCUCACGCGACUUGUGCUCGAAGUCCCUGACGACCCGUUGUCCGGCUCCUUUGGCGACUACGUUGUCAGAAGCGUGGAAUCGACAUCGGGCAUGCUGAGCAACGCAACCGCGGAUGCCAGCUACCCGCUCGAUCGUUUCUCUGACGGGAACGGCUUGAUCCAAGUGACCAAGGCCGCUCAGAACGUUGCGGCCACGACCGCUCUGAACGCGUUGCGGGCAUCGCUCGACUUGCAGAAACGCAAUCCCGCGGGUGGCCUGUGGUAUUACACGUAUCCCAACUGGUCAUACCUCGACGGCAUGUACUCCUACGCGCCUUUCUACUCCCUCUACACGACCACGUUUGAUCCAGCGACGGGGCCAGCCGCCGCCGAGGAAAUCCUCUAUCAGCUGCAGGUGCUCUGGGAUCACUGUCGCAACGCGUCGAGCGGCCUUUUGGUCCAUGGAUAUGACUACUCAAGGACGGCUGUGUGGGCAGACCCGGCCACGGGCAGCAGCCCGCACGUCUGGGGUCGGAGCCUGGGCUGGUACGCAAUGGCGCUCGUCGACACGCUGGAGCUGCUGCCCGUCGCGAAGGGCAGCAAAGAGUGGGCGAACUUGCAGUGCAAGACUGUCUCGCUGCUCGCAUCCAUCGCGGACGCGGCGGACCCUGCGUCUGGGGCGUGGUGGCAGAUUCUCGACAUGCCCGGCGCGCCUGGGAACUACAUCGAGUCGAGCGGCAGCGCCAUGUUUGUCUACGCGCUGCUCCGCGCUCGACGCCUUGGCUAUCUGAAUUCUUCGCUUUGCGUCGCCGACCCGGGCUUGUCGGAUAUGGCAUCCAAAGUUGCACUUCGAGCGUACGACUACAUCGUGGACACGUUCGUGGUCAGCGAAACCGGUGGCACGCUGGGUUACAAUGGGACGGUCUCGGUCUGCAGUCUCAACUCGACAGCAUCGUAUGAGUACUACAUACACCAACCGUUGCUCUACAACAGUCCGCUCGGUUCCGCUUCAUUUGUUCUCGCUUCCUUGGAAGUGGAGACGCUGAGGGCUGUGAAGAACCGAGAAACCCAGACCCAACGUCAAGACGAAAAAUCCAUGCUUACUUCACGACCCAUGAUCUUAUGACAUGCUAAAAUGGGACCUUAGUGCGGCCAAUGCGACAGGUUUUCCUAGCAGGAGGACGGUUACCAAAUUUGAUGCGGAAGUUCGCAUGUUUACCACGUCCUUGGCGUUGCAUCCUUUCGUUUUAGAAACGCGGUCGAGCUCCCACAGUGCUGGGCGUGACACGUAUGUAUCAAAGCAUGUGUGGACUUAACAAAAUCUAAAACACGAAACAUGGGCCUUCAUAUUGAGUGGUUGAGCAUACACUCUUUCCAUAGCUAUUCCUGUGAAAGGAAGGUAACCUAAGAAUCACGUGUACAGUCUCCAAAUUGAUGCCCGCAAAGGGUUGCGCACCCGCGCGGCAAAUUAGUUCAUAUAGUCUUUCCAAACCAAGCCCUCGGGAAGCUUGUUCCACUGCAGGUCGUCGUCUAGCAAUUCUCUCAUCUUGGCCCAUUCCUCCCUGAUCUUUUCGCUCUUGAACUCGUCU